AUGUUGUUCCCUCUUCGUCUCUUCUUCUUCCUCUUGCUCUCUUCCGUUUGUUUCUUGCAGAUCAAAGCAACUGCCGAUGAUUUGGGCGAACACAUCAAAGUAGACCCGAAACUCAAGUUCGAGAAUCCAAGUCUACGCGACGCCUACAUUGCUCUCCAAUCAUGGAAACAAGCAAUCUUCUCUGACCCUUUCAACUUCACAGCCAACUGGAACGGCUCUGAUGUUUGCUCCUACAAUGGAAUCUACUGCGCUCCUUCUCCUGACUCAUACCCUAAAACCCGAGUCGUUGCAGGCGUUGACCUCAACCACGCCGACAUGGCUGGUUACUUGCCUGCCGAGCUUGGUCUCCUCUGUGAUCUCGCUCUUUUCCACCUUAACUCAAACCGUUUCUGCGGUGAAGUCCCUCUCACGUUCAACCGCAUGAAGCUUCUCCACGAGCUUGACCUUAGCAACAACCGAUUCGUCGGCAAGUUCCCAAAGGUUGUCCUCUCUCUUCCUUCCCUCAAGUUCUUGGAUCUCCGGUUCAACGAGUUCGAAGGCAAGAUCCCGGCAAAGCUCUUCGACAGAGAGCUCGACGCUAUAUUCUUGAACCAUAAUCGGUUCCGGUUUGGCAUCCCAGAGAACAUGGGGAAUUCUCCGGUUUCCGCUCUGGUUCUUGCAGACAACGAUCUCGGAGGAUGCAUACCGGGAAGUAUCGGUCAAAUGGGGAAAACACUCAACGAGCUUAUCCUCUCCAACGACAACUUAACCGGUUGUUUGCCUCCUCAGAUCGGUAACCUCAAGAAAGUGACGGUUUUCGACAUCAGCUCUAACGGUCUACGUGGUCUGUUACCGUCCACCGUCGGCAACAUGAAGAGCUUAGAAGAGCUCCACGUGGCGAACAAUGGCUUCGCAGGAGUCAUUCCUCCAAGUAUCUGCCAGCUUCCUAACCUUGAGAACUUCACUUACUCUUCCAACUUCUUCACCGGUCGUGCUCCGAUAUGCGCAGCUCUUUCGUUAACCGACGCCUUGGUCAACGGUUCCAUGAAUUGUAUCACCGGUUUGGCACGUCAAAGAUCGGCUAAAGAGUGUUUGUCUCUGCUCGCACGUCCUGUUGAUUGCAGCAAGUUUGGAUGUAACAACAUCUUCUCUCCACCACCGCCACCGACGUUCAAGAUGGCACCAGCCGUCCGGAGACUUCCUCCACCAGUUUACGUUUACAGUUCUCCUCCACCACCGUCGUCUAAGAUGUCGCCUACGUUCAGAGCAUACUCUCCUCCACCACCACCGUCGUCUAAGAUGUCCCCUACCGUUAGAGCAUACUCUCCGCCGCCACCUCCAUCUUCCAAAAUGUCCCCUACCGUUCGAGCUUACCCUCCACCACCACCACCAUCACCAUCUCCUCCACCACCUUACGUAUACUCUUCUCCUCCACCUCCGCCUUACGUUUACUCAUCUCCUCCUCCUCCUCCGCCUUACGUAUACUCAUCUCCUCCACCUCCACCUUACGUAUACUCAUCUCCACCUCCCCCUCCUCCAAGUCCACCACCGCCAUGUCCUGAAUCAUCUCCACCACCUCCUGUUGUAUACUACGCACCGGUGACUCAAAGUCCACCACCACCAUCACCGGUAUACUACGCACCGGAAACACAAAGCCCUCCACCACCAUCACCGGUAUACUAUCCACCGGUUACACAAAGCCCUCCACCACCACCUCCUGUUGUAUACUACGCACCUGUGACACAAAGCCCGCCACCACCAUCACCGGUAUACUAUUCACCGGAAACACAAAGUCCUCCACCACCGACUGAGUACUACUAUGCACCGGUGACAAACAGUCCACCACCACCAUCACCUGUAUACUAUCCAUCAGAAACACCAAGUCCACCACCACCAACACCGGUUUACUAUCCAUCGGUAACACCAAGUCCACCACCACCAACACCGGUAUACUAUCCAUGGGAGACACCAAGUCCUCCACCACCAUCACCGGUUUACUAUCCAUCGGUAACACCAAGUCCUCCACCACCGACUGAGUACUAUUAUUCACCAAGCCAGUCUCCGCCGCCAGCAAAGGAUUGUAAAGACGGCCAUCCUCCACAAGCAUCACCGAGUUACGAACCAAGUCCUGAAUAUUCAUACUCAUCAUCACCACCACCGUCUUCUCCUCCUCCUCAGCCUUACUACUAG